AUGAGGGAGCCGCGGUCCAUCUUCACAGGUAUUGACACAGCGACGCCUCACGACACCACGCCUGAGCAGCGCAGGCUGAAGUUUGCCCUGUAUCACGAGCCUCCAAUUACGUCACCCACCACCCCGGACCCCCCCAGCGCCCUCGACAAAACACCCAACUUGGCCAUACUGCAGCCCCCAUGGACACCCAGGUCGCCGCUUGACCGUCGCCAUUGCACUCCGCCGCCGGCUCCUGCGCCGCUCCACGGCGCUCGCCAGGUCAUUGGCAUAAAGCGCCCGCCUCCUCCCUCCAGCGACGACGCCCUCGCGCCUACAUCGCCGCGCCUACGAGCACCCGCCAGCGAGCCCCUGCACAAGCGCCGAAAAGCGCACCCACGCUCGCGACACUCGCUCGACCACUUCGGCUUCUCCAAGAGCGCCCACUUCCGUCUCGACGGCCAGCCGCCCUCGCCGCUGUUCUUCUCCUCGUCGCGCAAUAUCCGACCGCAGCUGCCCGCGCGCUUCUCCACCUCCGAGGCCUACAGGAUGCUGAGCAAGACACGCGAGGACAGUGGCAUCAAGACCGUCACACUCGCACGGGGCACUUUCAGCGGCCUCAGUCCACCAGGCCCCUCGGGCGCUGCCAGUGGGCGCACUUCAGAGCGCUCGAGCCUGCCCCCCGCAGCAUCGCCUGAUUCCCGCGACAAGCAUGAUCCGUUACGCGUACUGGGUUCCAUCGGCAUAGUCGAGCUGCUCGAGCAGGAUGAGCGGCCCACCUUCAUCGUCGAUACGGGCGACUUUGCAAACUACAUGCCCGAAUCGUCCAGCUUGCAAAUACUCUUCUCCAACAGUGCCCUUCGAUUCAACUCCUCCAUCUGGGAGCUGGUAGCCGGCAAGCCUGCGGGCUCUCCCUCCGACCAUGACACGGCACACGCAACACAACAAUUCCGAGGCUGGCUGUUGAGCACUGCAGUCCAGGGAGAUGGUUUCGGAGCAAACCCUUCUCCGGUAGAACACGGUGGCAUUGUAUGGACAUGUUACACCUUGCGGAAACGGCUGCGCGUCGUUUCUGGUACCGUGUCCGCCCCUGCCAUGGUUUUGCCCGCUGUAGACGGUCCCAACGAUUUCGCUAUACCUUCAACUUCGUCCGCAGGCCUGGAGUUGGCAGCCAACGGGGAUGCUUCCGCAUCCUCAACGCAUCAAGACGAACCGCAAGAUUACUUCGGGAGCACCAUCCCUACGAUCCCCCAGGGUAACCCCCAGGGUGAACCGACGCCUCCCAUCUCCGCGCCCCAGCCCGAACCAAAUUACAAGAAGUUCGCCGACAGAGGCAAUAGCAUGAUUCCUAGGCUUACUCAGAUCGACCUAUCCUCCGCGGAAGAUUCCUCUUCCUUUGGGAACGAAGAAACUAACACCCAUCGAAAUGAGCACCAUGACAUGGGUUUCUUCGACUGGACCAGAUUAGCGAUAUCGCCCUCUCUUCCUAGACACAUACAAUUUGCCCGCUCAAUCGAUUGGGCAUCUACACCCCUGGGUCCUAUCGAAUACUGGUCCAACGACCUUCGCGCAAUGUGUAAUCUCAUCAUGGCGAGCCCCCAUCCUGCAGCUAUGUACUGGGGAGAAGAGCUUGUGGCUAUCUACAAUGAGGCCUAUAUUGGGCUUGCAGGGCAGAAGCAUCCUGCGCUCAUGGGCCAGAGUUACAAAGUAGCCUGGGCAGAAAUCUGGGAUGAGGUCAAGGGAGUAUUCGCAAACGCCCGUCUCACAGGGCAAGCGACCAUGAAGGACGACGACUGCUUGUUUAUGAAACGCAGCGGCUUCCUCGAGGAAACGUACUUCUCGUGGUCCAUCAUCCCAAUGGUCGGCGAAGACGGCACGGUCAUGGGUCUUUACAACCCAGCUUUCGAAAAGACACGGCGGAAGAUUGCGGAAAGGCGAAUGCUCACUCUCCGCGAAGUCGGCGAACGGACUGCCACCGCUCGGGAAGUGAAGGGUUUCUGGGAUCAAGUGCUAAUAGCACUCACCGAGAACGAGUUCGAUACCCCGGUAGUAAUGCUCUACAGCGUAAACGAUGAGAAUGAUAGUGACUCGUCUUCCUUGCAAUCCAGCAGCUUGCUUGGCUCGAAACAGUGUUUCCUCGAGGGCUCGCUUGGUGUGCCAGCCGGCCAUCAGGCUGCCCCUGACCACAUUGAUUUGAAAGAAGGGCAAGAAGGAUUCGGUCCGGUUUUCCGCGAAGUAAUGAAGACCGACAAGCCCGUGGUCGUUAGCAUCGGAUCAACCGACCUGCCACAUGCCAUGAUGGACGGGCUCGAAUGGCGAGGUUUUGGAGACCCCUGCCGCGACGUGGUCAUCUGCCCGAUCCAUCCCACGACUGGUGAAAACAUACUUGGCUUCUUGGUCAUGGGCAUAAAUCCGCGAAGGCCUUACGACGAUGAUUACAACCUCUUUAUCCAGCUACUAAGUCGCCAACUUGCGACUUCUCUGGCUUCCGUCGUUUUGUUCGAGGAAGAAAUUCGACGGGGGCAGAGGGCAGCCCGGCUCGCAGCGGAAGACCGUUACAACCUCUCUACACAGCUUGCUGCACGUACACAAGAAGCCAGGGAAAGCGAGACGAGAUUUACGCGGAUGGCUGAGUUGUCUCCUGCAGGUCUCUUCAUUGCUGACCACGUUGGGCGCAUCACCUACUGCAACGACACGUGGUAUGAGAUUGCACGAGUGCCAAGAGAGCCGGAGAUGACCGACAGAUGGAUUGACUAUGUCAAAGACGAGGACCAAGACCUCAUUCUCGCGCACUGGAAGGAACUAGUAAACAACACCACUCCUAUCAACAUAGAGUUCCGAUUCAAAGCGCCUUGGGAGGACCGCAACCGGAACAAGAGCGAAACGUGGGUCCUGUUCCAGGCGUACCCCGAGAAAGAUGAGGAUGGGCAGCUGAAGAGUGUUUUCGGAAGCAUCACGAACAUUUCUCCACAGAAGUGGGCCGAGGGUUUCCAAAAGAGGAAAAUGGAGGAAGCCGUUGAGCUCAAACGACAGCAAGAGAACUUUAUCGACAUUACAUCGCACGAGAUGAGAAAUCCCCUGUCUGCUAUCCUGCAAUGUGCCGACGAGAUCAGCACCAUCUUGGGCGAUUUCAGAGCGUCAGGCUCCAACGUCAUUGACGAGACUGUUGUUGCUGAUUCCAUAGACGCGGCGCAGACGAUUGCUUUGUGCGCACAGCAUCAGAAGCGCAUCGUCGACGAUGUUUUAACGUUGUCAAAGCUCGAUAGCGCAAUGCUGAUGGUAACACCGGUCGAUGCUCAACCACUACAGGUCGUACAGCGCGCCCUGAAAAUGUUCGAAGGAGAAGUUCAAACUGCUGGAAUUCAGAUGGAGUUUGUCCUUACCGACUCGUUCACCAAAUUAGGUGUCGAUUGGGUGAAGAUUGACCCGUCUCGGGUGCUUCAAGUUCUCAUCAAUCUCACCACCAACGCGAUCAAGUUCACUACCACCGAGGAAACCCGGACCAUCAAAGUCGUAUUAUCAGCAUCGAGAGAGCGACCGUCAGCAAGCGAUCACCCCACCGUUAGCUACUUCCCCAUGCGAGCCAAGAGGACCGACCAAACUUGCGGUCCGGACUGGGGCGAUGGUGAAGAGAUCUAUCUGGAGUUUGCAGUGCGAGACACAGGCCGAGGUCUUACGCCGGAAGAAAAGAAGCUUCUCUUCCAACGAUUUUCCCAAGCAAGCCCUCGAACGCAUGUCCAAUACGGCGGCUCAGGUCUUGGUCUGUUCAUCUCACGCGAAUUGACUGAACUCCAGGGUGGGGAGAUUGGCGUCUCUUCUGAAGCAGGCAAAGGCAGUACCUUCGCUUUCUAUGUCAAGUGUCGAAGAAGCAGUGAGCCACAAGAAGCUCUCGAAGUUCUUCCAACGCCAUCCAUGUCCAGGAAGGUUUCAAAUGCGAAGGAUAAGGGCAAGAGGGAAUUGCCUGCGCCGUCCAAGAUUGCCACUAAGAUAAAAGACUUUGCGAACAUACCUGCCAAAGAUGGCGUUGCGUCAAAGCCGAAGCCAAAGAAGAGGGAACUCAAAGUGUUGAUCGUAGAGGAUAACCUUGUGAACCAAAAAGUACUUCAGCGGCAGCUCCACAAUCACGGUAUCCAAACGACCGUCGCGAACCACGGCGGCGAAGCACUCGAAGCGCUCAAAGCGUCCACCUUUUGGGCCUCGCCCCAGCAGUCCCCGCUAGAAGACAUAUCGGUGGUGCUAAUGGACAAAGAAAUGCCCGUCAUGGACGGUCUACAAUGCACCUCUCAAAUCCGCUCGCUCGAACAACAAGGCAAGCUCAAGAGACACGUCCCCAUCAUCGCCGUCACGGCGAACGCACGCAGCGAACAAAUCGCAACAUUACUCGCAGCCGGCAUGGACGACGUCGUCAGCAAACCCUUUAGGAUAGGCGAGCUGAUCCCCAAAAUCGAAGAGCUGGCAAGCAAAUUCGGAAACAAGAAGAUACCAGACGAAGCUACGCUCGCUGUGCCCGUUGGGCCGAGUGUGAAACCAUAUGGUGUAUGA